AUGCUAAUGGAACAUAAGGUUAAAGCAUGGCUUGCUGACAUGGAUGCUGAAGCAUUGAGGUGCCAGAAACAAUUGGUGGAGGAGGAAGAAGCUGCUCAGAAAAGACAAGCUGAGAUUUUGAAGAGGAAACGCCAGAAAAAGCUUAGACAAAAAGAACAGAAGGCUAGGGAAGAAAGACACAGGCAUGAAGUAGAAACUAAAGGGAAUGUUGACAGUACGGGGAAGACUUCAUCACCAGUAGAAACAUCUUUGGAUACAUAUGAUAUUGAAGCUCAAAAUCCAGAGGAGUUUGCAAGUAACACUCCCUAUGUACCUCUUCAUUGUCCUGAAACAAAUGAAGGAAAAGAUGGGGAUCCUCAGUCAGGAUAUGAUUUUGGUGCUGAUCAGAAUAUUGAAGGACAGCCAGAAGGUGGACUUCAGCCAUGCAUAGCAGUUGCCAGAUGGAAAAAGCUGCCAAAUUCCCAACACGCUAUAGCCAACGAUCUGCAUACAAACAAGAAUCCUCCAAUUUCAAGUCCUCAAGUUGUUCAGAAAUAUAGAACCCGCGAUGAUCAGAGGGCAGAUGCUAUAGUUAAUACUGGUAAAGCAUGGGAUGAGAGGUCAAAACUGGAAAUUGACAGGAUGGUUUUAAAAACUGUAGUGAAGACUGAACCACACUCAGUUCAGAAUCAUGAACUCUUGAUAGGAUCUAUAUCUGUCAAUUUUGUCAACUGCAACAAAUCAGAGGGUAAUGUGGACAAACAGAAUAGUUCUCAAGAUAAGCCAAAGAAGCUUGAUUUACUCAAGAGUGGUAAAAAUCAAUCAACGGCUAAGCCUUCAACACCAGUUUGUCGGUUUGAUACUAAAGUUCCAUUUCCAGUUCAAAGUGGUGCGAAAGAAGUUGACGCAGUUAAUAGAAAUGAAGAUUCUCAGAACUUGUCAAAGUUGUGUAGUGAUGGUAGUGAUAUUGGUUUUGAAAACAAAAUGUCCAAUCUAGAGGGUAGCGUUGAUCCAGGAAGGUUCAAGUUUUCCAGCCAGUCUGCAAAAGCCUUUCUUGCACAAAGAUGGAAAGAAGCUAUCUCAUCAGAUCAUGUGAAGUUAGUUGUUUCCCUUGACUAUGAACCUUCCCUUGACAAUGAACCUUUUGGGAGCCUGGAGAUACAGGAUUUGAAGGAAGUAGCAUGUCAAUCUUCUUCUGAUGUUGAUAGAUGCAGCAACAUUCGGGCAAAAUCAGAGAACAAGUUGCUUUCAACCUCCAAAGCUUCUAAAUCCAAACGUAGAGGGAAGUCUAGAAAGGGAACCAAUUAA